AUGUCUCAAAUAAACGAAAAAUAUAAAAACAACAAACAAUCCAAAGCUUUUUUAAAAGUCAAAAAUAAAAUCAAAAAAAAAAAGAUUAAUCAAAAUGAUAAGGACGAAGACUUGGUUAUAGGAAAUAUCCCAGAUUUAAAUAAAGCUACAAAAAAAAAAAUUCCAAAAAUAAUUCAAAUAAAAAAAAAUACAAAAAAAUUAAAAAGGGAAAAAGAAUUAUUAAGUAAAUUGAAUUCUGAGGAAAAACAAAAAGCUGAGCAUAUGCUUAAAGUGGAAAAGGCCAUUUUGAAAUCACAAGGACAAAAAGUUUAU